AUGGAGUCGUCGGUUCAUCACAUUUCAACCUCGUCCAAGGUUUUGCUGAAGAAGGCGCGCAAUCUGGUGCCUCCGAUGCUUGAGAAAUUCCACAAAGGACAACAGGGACGUGUUGCUGUCAUCGGAGGAAGUAUAGAUUACACAGGGGCUCCAUACUUUUCUUCAAUGGCGUCGGCUAGACUGGGAUGCGAUAUGAGUCACGUAAUUUGUGACAAGUCUGCUGCAGUUGUCAUCAAAACUUAUUCUCCGAACCUUAUGGUUCACCCGAUACUGCCAAGCAGCGACAGCGUCAAAAACCCCGAGUCUAUUGACGCCCCAUCACUCGCUAGCCCCAUCAUCUCCAUGCUUUCCCGCCUCCAUUGCCUGGUUAUUGGACCGGGUCUAGGCCGUGAUGGAGUCACACUCAAGGUCGUUACGGAGGUGAUGAAGGAAGCGCGGUCCCAAUCGAUACCAUUUGUCCUGGAUGCCGACGGUCUGCUCCUUGUCACGGAGAACCCGGAUCUAGUGAAAGGCUACAAGGAGUGCAUUCUCACUCCCAAUGUAAAUGAGUUUAGUCGUUUAGCGAAAGCCCUGGGCAUUGACGUACCAAGCCAGGCCCAGAUUGGCUCCAAGUCCGGUGGCGGAGACAAGACUAGCGAGGAGACCAGGGCUUGUGAGCAGCUUUCUCAGGCCCUUGGUGGCGUUACUAUCAUUCAGAAGGGUCCUCAUGACAUUAUCUCCAACGGUGUCACUAGUAUCGUCUCCGACAUUCAGGGCGGGCUGAAGCGGAGUGGUGGACAGGGAGAUACGCUUACUGGCUCCCUGGGCACCCUCUUGGCCUGGAGAGCGGCUUACCAUAAUGGAUUGUGGGAUUCGGGAGAGCAGGAUAACAAGAAGGAGGCCGAGACCAAGCAAGAGGUUCAGGCGGAGCUGGAAUCCGAGGAUAAGAGGAUGUCCCCCGCCACGACGUUGCUUCUUGCGGCGUUUGCGGGAAGCAGUAUCACGAGGGAGUGUUCCCGUCGUGCCUUUUUGGCCAAGGGACGGAGUAUGCAGGCUAGCGAUCUCACCGAUGAGGUCCAUGAAAGCUUCCUGCAUCUGAUUGGGGAACCAGAGGCGUCGAAGAUGCGCUUGUAG